AUGAUCAUCUGCGGUGGAGGAAACGCUAAUGCUGGUCAAACCUGCGAAAUGAUGCCGCCGCAUUUGAAACACUGGGAAAGAUUUCCCCCAAUGCUAACUUACAGAUCCAGAGGACCAGGAAUGGCGGCAACUAAUUGGGGCUUACUUGUGGCUGGAGCAAACUACCCGAAUUCUCGAACUGAAAUUUUGUUCAACAGGAGACAAGGAUGGAUAGAGGGACCAGAGCUUAGCUUCAAAAUUGGAACGACGACGAUGGUUGCUAAUGAAAACGAAGCAUUUAUUGCCGGCGGAUAUCAGGGAGUUGAAAUGUUUGUAUUGCGGCUCAAGUCAUACGAUUCCCAAUGGGAAGAAAUAGGAAAACUAAAUCGCGUAAGAUACAAACACGCCUCUGUUAUUGUCGGCCGAGAAAUUUGGCUUUUUGGAGGGCAUGAAAAAGGAACAAACGUGGUGGAAGUCUUUGACAUCUCGACGAGGCGAUCUACUGACUUGGCAAUAUUCCUCAAUUCAACCGAAGGUGUGCUUCAUCCGAGCGCUGCAAGAAUAACAUAA